AUGGUGAGGAGACGAGAAGGCCUUACCUUACCAAUCUCGUCUUCAUCUCCAUCACUUCCUGAGCCUGAAGUUAGAGUAGUGGCGCCAUUAGCCGCGCAGAAACCAAAACAACGGUUGUCAAAGCAACUAUCAAUGCGUGAGUCACCGCGAGAUGUUGCUUGGGAGAAAAGGCGGCGGCAGAUGUUAAAGAUUCAAGAAAAGAAGCAGAAAGGGCUCUCUGACAGCGAUUGUGAUCCGACCGAUCUAACCGAUGAAGACUUAAGGGAGCUUAAAGGGUCCAUCGAGUUAGGGUUUGGUUUCAAGGAAGAAGAAGGACUGAAGCUGUGCAACACAUUACCAGCAUUAGAUCUUUACUUUGCUGUGAAUAGACAGCUUUCGCCUAUCCCUUCACCUAGUAGCAGCCGUAGCAGCCGUAGCAGCAAUGGAGGAGAUGGUUCUUUACUUUCUACAUCUUCCUCAAGCAGCAUACCUUGCAGCCCUAGAACUGACUCGGAUUCAUUAAAGAUCUUAUGUCCAGGGGACAGUCCUCAACAGGUGAAACAAAGACUAAGGCAUUGGGCACAAGCUGUUGCAUGUUCUGUCAUGCAAUCUCACUAA